CUUUCUCUUCUAAAAACAAAAAUACAAAAUGAAAGAGUAAAAAGGAAUAUAACUUCAUGGUUAAUAUUAACUUAGUUUUAGAAAAGAAAACACGUUGUUUACCGCCUGGGUGGAAUACGGAUAUCGACACAGUUUUCACGAGUCCCCGCCUUUUCCCCCGGUUAAUGGUCUCGUCCUUCACCGUCACCUUCAAUGUCACGCUGCUUCAGACGAACAAUAAACGCGUUAUUCUAGACGGGAACCAUGUUUAGUUUCAGGUGUGUGUUUAAUUCUGUGAGCACUUUAUGCCGACAGCUGGUCACCCCGCUGACUGCCAACGGGACAGUCUCACAGUGUGGAAGCAGAUGGCUGCCGCUGCAGAGAACGUUGUUGAGCAGCGCUGUGAGACAUCAGGAGGCAGAAGCUAACUCCGGGAAAGACUUCAGCUAUCUUCCUCCGUUGCCUGGUCAAGACAGCGCUCUGAGAUGGGCUGGGAAAAAGUUUGAAGAGUUGCCGAUUGUUCACAUAAAGGCAACAUACAACAACACACACAUCCAGCUGACAGACAGCGCAGGACAAUCUUUGGUCCGGACGUCCUGUGGCACAGAGGGCUUUAAGAACAUCAAGAAGUCGACGCCCAUCGCCGCUCAGACUGCAGGCAUCUCUGCUGCCGUGAAAGCCACAGCAAAGGGAGUUACGUUUGUUCGGGUUGUGGUCAAAGGUCUCGGUCCUGGACGUCUGUCUGCAAUCAAAGGCUUGACGAUGGGAGGCCUGGAGGUGGUAUCGAUCACUGACAACACCCCCGUGCCUCACAACGGAUGUCGCCCACGCAAAGCCAGAAGGAUGUGACAUCUGACUCGUACUAUGCUAAUAAAGUGUUUAGUUAUGCAACUCUGCAGGCUCUGAGCUGACUUUGUAUGUAUUGGGUUCCACGGACAUGAUUGCAGAUGUUAUUAAUGAGCAGUCUGCUGUUUAUGUUGACUCAUGCAUAAACCUUCAGCCUCACUGCAGAGAGUUUCAUUUGCUUUGGUUUCCACACAGCAGAAAAGCAGCAAUGAGUUAAGGCGUUUACCGAGAGAUGCAGGAACAACCAUGAAGCUGCAGUGUUCAGUGCUAAUGGACUGUUUUCCAUACAUUUUGUUGAGUAUUUAAUUUUGGUCUGUCUACAUGGAUUUAAGUGUAUUUUUCCAUUUCCUGUUGUAAAUAUUGCAUUUACCAAACUGUUCAGAGUUCAGUUCUUUGUACAAACACUCGGGGGGGGGGGGAUGUAAGUUACAACCUUGGUACAACUUUCUUUUGGCACAACCAUUGAUGCUCAGCUAGUUUGGAUGGGAUCAGUGGAGAGCCAAAUCAAACAUUCACCACACCUUGAUAUCCUGGCCACCUCCUGAUGUAUCCUUCAACAGAUCAAUGCCUUGAUGCAGUUCAGUCUUCAUAUCAGCUGUACAGCAGGAGAAUAAUGUAAAGCAGCUCAGCUGGCAGCAUUAAUUAGUAACACAGCCUGAAGCUAAGGAUUUUAUUUGAAAUAAAACAUAUUGUCUAA